GCGAGGAGAGUGUGGAUGGAGAAUAGUAAGUUUAAUCCCGAAAAAGUUGGGCGCAAAUCUGGAGAGUAUCACCCCUCGCUUUGGGGUGAUUAUUUCGUUACCUGCAACCCAACAUUUUCUUCACAACAGAAGUCAUGGAUGGAGCAGAAAGUUAAAGAAUUGAAGGCAGAAGUAAAGAAAAAACUACAUAGUACUACUGAUUUACAUGAAGGUAUGAGUUUGAUUGACGCAAUACAACAUCUCGGAAUAGACUAUCACUUUGAAGAGGAGAUCGACGAGGCAUUAGACCGCCUCUACAAUUCGGAGUUAGAAUGCUUCGAUCUUCAUGAAGUUGCUCUCCGAUUUCGGUUGCUUAGACAGCAUGGAUUUCGUGUCUCUGCAGAUGAGUUUACCAAGUUCAAAGAUGACAAAGGGAAUUUCACUGAAACCUUAAGGAAUGAUCCUAGGGGCUUAUUGAGCCUAUAUAAUGCGGCUUAUCUCGGAACUCGUGGCGAGAACAUACUCGAAGAAGCCAUUUCAUUUGCGAGAAUUCACUUGGAAUCUAUAGCAAAUAACUUGAAACCUCCACUAGCGAACCAAGUAUCGCGCGCACUUGUGACGCCAUUGUCGAGGAGCGUGAAGAGGCUAGAGACGAGAUAUUACAUAUCCGACUACGAGAUGGAGGAUAAAAGGGAUGAUACUAUAUUUGAGAUUGCAAAAUUUGAUUUUAAUUUGUUGCAAUCUCUUCAUUGUGAAGAGCUCAAGAGUAUCUCUUUGUGGUGGAAAGAUUUAGAACUCAAAGAUAAAUUAUGUUAUGUACGGGAUAGAAUCGUCGAACUCUACUUCUGGAUUUUAGGAGUAUAUUUUGAGCCUCAUUAUUCUCGUGCACGCAUGAUAGCCACAAAGGUGGUAUCAUUUGUUUGCAUUUUAGAUGAUACUUAUGAUGUCUACGGCACUUUGGAGGAGUGUCGACUGCUCACCGAUGCAAUACAAAGGUAGUAUAUAUGAC